ACCACCCGACAAAACAACCUCACAAUCACCUCUCGAACAACCUUAUCUAGUCCCAACCGUCUGUCCCCCUCCACGCGCACUUACCACUCCGAACACCACCCCACCCAACCCCACGACUACACCAACUCGCAAACCACCAUCCUCUCCGCCGCCCUCCACCACGUUCCCACGCACGGCUUCUCCCGCAACGCCCUCACCCUGGGUGCCCGCGACGCCGGCUUCCUGGAUGUCUCCGUGCAGCUCCUCCCCCGCGGCGAAUUCGACCUGAUCCUCUUCUGGCUCGCCAGCCGGCGCGGCCUCCUGCGCUCCAAGGUCGAAUCCGAUGGCCUGUUUUCGGCCGGCCCCGUGCUCUCCGUCGACGACAAGAUCCAGUUCCUGUUGAUGGAACGCUUGCGCAUGAACGCCGAGGUCAAGGAUCAAUGGCAGGAUGCAUUGGCAGUCAUAUCCCUCGGAGAAAACAUCCCUCUCUCCCUUUCGGAACUGCACGCCCUGGCGGACGAUAUCCUGAACCUGGCGGGUGACAAGUCCGUCGACGCCUCGUGGUACUCGAAGCGCAUGGCGGUGGCGGCGGUGUACGCGGCCUCGGACAUCGUGAUGACCCGCGACACGAGUGCCGGACUGCGCGAGACGGAGGAGUUCGUGGCGCGUCGGUGGGCGGAUGCCCGCGCUGUCGGGGAUAAGCUCACGGGGGUGAGGGAGUGCUUGGGAUUCAUGGGGUCGACGGCGGUGGGGUUGGGACGGAGUUGGGGGUUGAAGAUCUAA